GAAGGCUGCAGGCAAUUCACUUGAUCGACGUCAACCUGCGUCAAGGCUUAUUCCGCCCGCGUGGUUCGGCUGUUCUGACAGAUGAGGUGCACUGACUACUAUUCUUCCUACAUCCCCUAACAACUACUGUGGUGCACGACCUGCCGAUGACACGGUCCUUUAACAACAUCCCACUUGACGUGUCAAUGUCCAUUUGCGCCCGCGCAUAGAAAGUCAACACCACCACCUCAUUCGAGAUCGCAGUCUACCGCCUAAACCCCACCAUCAUGGCCUCCGUAACGAGUCUUGACCAAGAUAUGCGCAAGUUGCGCCUCGACCGGUACACGCCGGCGGCUGCUAAUCAAGUGCGCAAAUGGAUCGAGGAGACACUGGGAGAGAGACUGCCGCCUGGCGACUUGAUGGACGCGCUCAAAGAUGGUGUUGCUCUUUGCAAGCUCGUCAACCUUGCCGUCUCUCCAGGCGUGAAAUAUAAACAAUCGAACAUGCCGUUUGUACAGAUGGAGAAUAUUGCCCAAUUUCUGAGUGCAUGCGAAAGACCGCCCUUGAACCUUCCUUCCCACGACCGCUUCCUUACUGUCGACUUAUACGAGUCCAAAGAUCCGUCACAAGUCCUGCAAUGCAUCGCAGCGUUUAGCCGAAGUGCGAGUGCGAUCAACCCCUCAGCUUUCCGGACAACACUAGGCGCGAAGAGCAAGGGAGUCGGCAUGAGUCCGCAAGGGACCGGGUCCAGUGGUCCAAGAUCACCUGCAUAUACCACAACAUCAACCCGGCCUCGAGGGACGAGUAACACAACUGCGGAGAGUCCUUCCUUGACCUUCAACCCGUUAAACAAGUCAGCCUACUCAGGGCGCAUCAGCCCUACCAAAAGCAGCCUCGGUAGGGGUGGACUCGCGCCCGGUGGAGCGGUCAGUACCUGGAGCAGCAGAGACGACGAAGGGAAGACUGCCCCAGCCUGGAACAUACAUCAGUAUGGUUAUAUGGGUGGGGCCAGCCAGGGUAAUCAAGGUGUGGCAUUCGGUGCACGGAGACAGAUCACGUCUCCCGCACCCAAUGUCCCCAGUGCUGCGGAAAAGGAGAAGCGCCUGAAAGAAGAGGCGGAGAGGAAACGUCGAGACGUUGAAGAGUACGAACGGCGACAACAAGCACAACGACAGGCGGAGGAGGGGCAGGCCAGAGAGGAAGAGGAGCGUAGAUGGGCCGAAGAGACUCGCCAUCAGCAGGAACAGGACCUUGCACGACAGAGGGCGGAAGAACGACAACGUCUGCAAGCGGAGGAGGAUGUCCGUCGCGAAGAGCAACGCCGCAAGCAGCGCGCUUAUGACCUUGAACGCGAACGUGAAGCUGCUGACCGUGCCGAACGUGAAGCACACAUGGCUUCCGAGAGGAGCCGCCAACGCACGACGAGUGACGCUCGCUUGAAUGGCCAGUUUCUCAGCCAAUACAACGCAGAUCAAGCUCGUGCAGAAUCUGCGACUGCUCAAAAGCAGCACAUUGCCGAACAACAGUCCGCCGAGAGCAGACGCAUUGCCGAACUUGAACGUCAGCUGGCAGAGAUCAAAGCGCAGCAAAGCGGACCCGGUCAUACAGGAUCGGCUGCACCACAAUAUGAAGCGGAUGACGCGCCUCCAGCUCUACCUAGCAGAUCCAGACCCAACGUCGCCGGUACAGCCCAUGAAGACGACGACUGGGCAGCGUCCGAGCGAGACUAUUUGAAAAGAGAGUGGCAGAAGGAGCAGGACUUUGACGAGCAGCCGCCGCCGAAGCCAGCACGUCCAAGGGAGAACAGCUCAGCGCGCCCACUCCCAGAUCCGAGCACAUACACGUCGGGCACGAACCGUACAGACAGGUACCUGGCCUCCAAUGCUCCGCCAGCCCAAGUCCAAGCCAACUCGUACCGUCCACAAGACUACUCCACAACCUCGGAAGUCGAUAUGGAAGAUCAACGCCGUGUCCAAUCCCAAACACGCACCAAAGCUGGAGGUUGGGCGUCCAAGUCGCUGUUAGAGCGGGAGAUGGAACGCGAGCGCGAGCGUCAACGUGAAUGGGAGGAGGGUCAGAAAUCCACGGCUUCUAGAGCGCGUGAUCACAAAGAAGGGAGCGGUCCCGGACAGACUUGGGACGUCCACCAGUAUGGAUAUACCGGUGGGGACAGCCAGAAUCGAGGUGGAACGGGACUGGGUGUCGGAGGAGCGAGGAGGCAGAUUAUCGGACCCAGACCGCCGCCUUGAGUGUGAUGGUGUGAACUUAUAUAUCCUCAGUGGCUGAGUGUAAGUAGCAGCGAGCCUCGAUCGAGUAUACGUUGUGAAGAGAAUGAGACACGAGUGAUGAGACAUUGGAU